AUGGCGCCCUUGUUCUCCUCGAGUUCUAUUACGCGUGUACUUGCUAUCCCAGAGCUGCUAGAUCUCAUCUUCCGCUAUUUGGACGACAAAUCCAACACUUCCAAUGCCUUAGUUUGCACGCAAUGGUCUGAGGUGGCUCUCAACAUUUUAUGGAGCAACUUGAGCGAUCUAGCGCGCCUCUUUCGGAUUCUCCGACCACUGGAGAAAGUUGCAGGAGACAAAGAUGCCGUAUAUGCCUGGAGUGUUGCUCCAGACGCAAGUGACUGGAAGAGACUUGAAAAAUAUACGCGGCGGGUUCGAAGACUUAUCUUCGAUGCCGACUAUGGUACUCCCCUUGAAGCCUCAGUAUUUGAGGACGCGAGUCGGACGCGUACUAGCUUAGCUAUCCUUCCCAACCUUGUUUACCUGGACUGGCGCGCUCCCUUGCCCCUGUCGGUCAUCUUCAUGUCCAGUCACGUGAAAACAUUCAUACUCUGGAUGCCUCAAGACGAAACAAGUCCAACAGCCGAAUUCAGGUCCUUCUUCCGCGAUGUCACCACGCGAAUGCCCAAUCUCACCACCCUUGACAUCCGCACAAUUAUUCCAAUGCACGACAUCGAGGACGAUAUGGUGUUCCUCUUUGAAAGCCUGACCAAGCUCCGCAAGGCCGUAUUUCCUCGUUACCAUGUAACAACGCGUAUCGCGGAAACAUUGGCUCGACUGGAGGAUUUUGGCUGCCUUGAAUUCCAGUACCACCAGGACCAGGGAAUCGGGGACCCCGAUGACACUUCCAGUGUUUUCCGCCCCAAACUACAAAUGGGGGCAUUCCCAUCCCUUUGGGAUGUCUCCAUGACUGUUACGCUAGACGACGCGCUUGCUUUCAUGAAGCAGCCUUUCUCGCCGACAAAUCUCACGACCCUCUAUGUGGAUUCCGCAUUAAUCGAGUCGCCUUCAAUUGUUCAGGAAUUCCUGGAGAGUUUAUCAGACUCUUGCCAGCUCUUGGAAGGGCUCGGAAUCCUCGCUCAUAUUGAUAACACGGACAACCGGCAACUCUCUGAUAUUCCUUCAGACUUGCGCAUCAACUUUUCCAAUCUACAACCACUGCUCGUUUUUCCCAACCUCGUCACAUUUGAACUUAUCCACCAAUUCCCAUUGGAUUUGACUAUUGACAACAUCCAGCAACUAGCGCAAUCUUGGCCGUCGUUGCGGAAACUUAUACUCAACAACGAACCCGCGGUUUCAGACCACUGCGAUCUGACACUUGGGGCUUUGCUACCUUUCGCCACACACUGUCGCGAGCUGGAACACUUGGGCUUAUUCAUCAAUGCCUCGUCGGGUGAUCUUCCCUCGGCCUAUGCAGCCACAACAUACCAACUUAAACCAUUCGCUAAAUUGCGACGUUUAUCGACGGGCACUUCACUCAUCUCCGAGCCUGGCGAAGUCGCGCUAUUCCUCAGCCAGAUAUGUCCUCUUGGCAUUGCGCUCGAUUUCGGCGUGACCUGGGACCACGCUGCCCCAGACGACUCUGAGUCCGAUACUCUCGAGCGAAUCGAUGCUAUCGGUAUACGGUGUGACAAGUGGGCCAAGGCUAGAGAGCAUUUGCCCUUGUUGACCAAACUUCGCGCAGAAGAACGUAGUAGGACUCGCCUUCUGACUGAGGAAGUGACCGACCUGCGAAUGCGCAGCUCGGUUCUUCUCGAUACCCUUCAAGCUGGGCGCGGGGAAGACAGCUGUAUCCCACUUUGA